AUGGUUAGUCAUAAUGAUGGCAAAAUGGAGAGUGAAGGUGUUUUGGAAGAUGCUGCUGAACUUUUAUUUCCUAAAGAAUUUGAGGUUGCCAGUUCUGAUACAUUAAUGACAUCUGAAGUUUUUCUUCUCCUUGAUCAUAGGAGACAACAAAAUGAAAAGAAAGAAGAGAUUGAAGAAUUAAAUCCUGUUUUUUUAAAGACACUUGAAUAUACUAGACGUUUAGCACGUUUCAAAAACCGUGAAGCUAUUCGUGCCGUUAGAGUAUUGUUUGGUCAAAAAGCAGAUAUUAUGCAUAAAUUUGAAAUUGCUCAGCUUGCAAAUCUUUUACCUGAAACUGCCGAAGAAGCUAAAUCUCUAAUACCAAGUUUGCAAGCAAAAAUUGACGACGAUGCUUUGGAAGAAUUUUUGAAAGAAGUUAUUCAUAAAAAAACAUUUCAAUAA